AUGAAGAACUGUGACAAAAGUGAUCACGAUGAGUGCAUUGCGAUCAGUGGCUUUAUGAGCGAGUUAACUCUAAUUAGAUCUCACGAGGGGGACAAAGCCUCAGAACCAGAACUGAACAAACUACUGAAGACGAGUGAGUUCCCUAAGUGGCCGGUAGCCAAGUAUGUCAGUAUGGCUGAUUGUCGUGACACAAUUGAAAACAGACAAAUUGAUCAGACAAAACCGGACGGGAGCAGUGGUCACUUAUCUGACAUCUCAAAGAAGGGAGUCCACUCAGAGGGGAGGGGAGGGGUCUACCAAGAGGAGGAGGCCCACCAAGAGGUGGAGGUCCACAAGGAGGACAGGGCAGAGGUCGUCCCAUGGGACAGGUCACUGAAACACCAGCACCGCGAGGACCACGACCUUGCCCACGCUGUGGUACAAUCCCUUAACCACAUGCGUUCAGCAAGUGCCCCAACGAAGCGAACAAUAGCCGCCUAA